UUACCGACGAUCAACCAGAACGCGAUCGAUGGCCUUUACUUUGGAACGGUGAACAAGGUGUUCCUUCUGUUCGAUACUCCCAUUCCCGAUGAGUUCGGCAAUGUUGUCGAUCUGCUGUGGUACCAGCAGGACCUUCAGACUUUACGGCAAUCGAAGCACGCCUGGGCCGAAGCCGUUGGCUUCUUCUACCGCGUGGACAGCAAACCGCACGUGCUCUGCGCCUGGUUGAACGGUGCUCAAGGUCGCCAAUCCGAACUCUUGUCGGAUGAUACGAUUAAGGAGGGUCUGCUUUACCUGCUUAGCAUUUUCGGUAAGAACUACAACUUCGGAAACGUACAAGCUGUUUUGAGAUCGAAAUGGUCUUCAAAUCGCUUCGUCCGUGGAUCUUACUCUAGCCGAUCGCUCGCCACUGAGCGUCUUCAAACUGGAGCGGGUGAUCUGAGUGAAUCGCUCACAGCUGCUGCUAAUCACCCGGUAGUUCUAUUUGCUGGUGAAGCCACCAGCGUCGAACACUACUCCACUGUCCACGGUGCGAUCGAAAGUGGCCAACGUGAAGCGAAUCGUUUGAUCGACCUGUAUCAAUGA